AUGUCCGGGCAGAUCCUAGCAGGAAAGACCUGCCUUGUCACCGGCGCAGGCGGCGGACUGGGCAAAGCAAUUGCCACCAAAUUCCUCGAGGCCGGCGCCAAUGUCGUAAUCUGCGAUAUCAACGAAGACCGACUAUCCCAGGCCUCGUCGGAGCUGUCAGAUAAAGGUCCCUUGCGGGCUAUCAAGGCGAACAUCACAGAUGCAAAGGAAAUACAGAGCAUGUUCGACGAGCUGGUUCACGCCUUCGGCAAGAUCGAUGUACUGGUCAACAAUGCCGGUAUCAUGGAUCGAUUCGACCCAGUCGGUGAUCUCGACGUCGAAUUGUGGGAUCGUGUGAUGGCGGUUAAUCUCACGGCGCCGUUCCUGUUGAGCAAACUGGCAGUUCACAAUAUGCUGGAGCAGCCGGAGCCCAAGGGGCGGAUUAUCAAUAUUGUUUCGGUUGCCGGCAAAGCUGGGUGGGCGAGUGGCGCCGCUUAUACGGCCAGCAAGCAUGGUCUGAUCGGGUUGACCAAGAGUACUGCUUCAUUUUACGGCAACAAGGGCAUCCGGUGCAAUGCGCUGAUGCUGGGUGGCAUGGACACCAAUAUCACCGAUGGACUCAAGUCCGGUAUCAAUAUGGAGGGAUAUCAGAAAAUGGAUGCAUUGUUCAAAGCCGUGGAUGCGCCUCUUUGUGAUAUUGAUGAAGUUGCUGGGUUUUGUGUGACGAUCACCUACGGCAAAGGUGCCGGCCUCAUCAAUGGUGCCUGUAUUGCGGUUGAUAACGGCUGGUCGGGUGUGCUGGGCUGA